AAAAUUAAUUACUCAUGGUACAGGUCCUCAUCAUGAAAGCAUUCACCCUCGUGACCACGCCUCACCGCAUGCCUGUUUGAACAGUGUGCACUUUAUAAAUAAGUGACUUGCUGUUUUUAACGUUCUUCAAGGUUCAAGCUGUAGUUCUGUUGUCAUAAUAUGGCUUUAUUCUACACGCUUUACAGACAAACCACCAGCUGAACAGCGAAGACUGCGAUCCAGAAAUACUAUAAGUUAUUUCGUUCUAGAAAAUGCUGCAUCUCUCGCUGUUGGUCCUGCUGAUAAAAUCGGCAACAGGUCAGUGGAUCACGAAACCUGGCGAUCCCGAUACUGCACCGUAUUUCCCGCAUCCUCUCUGCCAUUACUCCGACGCCUAUCAGCUGACAUGCAGCCAUGCCGAUCUGCAUAUACCCCAAAAUUUCCGCACGAGUGCUUUGUACUCCAACACCAGCCGAAUUUAUAACGAUGUGAUGGACCUCGUCCUUGACUGCCCGACCAGUAUUAAUCGCACCUACUGUAACACCGUUGGUCCAAAUGCUACAGCCCUUUCGUCCAAUUACUGGAUCUGGUACGUUACGCUGAUUGGCUUCCAGGCUGAAGGGGGCGGUCGAGCGCCCAUCGACGUUCUGCUGGCGGAACUGCGCGGUCUUUCUCGUCUGCGAGUGCAUUAUUCGAAAAUCGGCACACUGGACCGACAUUUCUUCCGGCAUUUUAAAGACCUCACAAGGCUGGACAUUCGCAAUAAUGACAUAAGAGUUAUUGAACUUGAUGCUUUCGACCCCUUUUUGCGACUGUUUGAGCUGAAAAUGGGCGGAAACGCUUUGCAAACCCUGGACUGGAGUGUUCUGCGACCCGUGUCCACAAAACUAAACACAUUGGAAGUCGACGCACAGACGCCACCCCUACACACUCUGCGACGCAGUGGGUCGUUGUUUUCUAUUAAUAUCACCACGCUGUCCUUGAACCAGAGCCAUUUGUCAUCCCUUCCCAAGGACGUCGUCGACACUUUCGAUGUGAGGCAGUAUGGGAAUGUGCUCGUAGAUAUUGGCAACAGUCCAGUGUGUCCGGACAAUGCAGACUGCUCAUGUUGCGCCAUGAAGGAUCUGGCCGACUGGUUCGCAAAUCGCACCGCAUGGGCCGCCGGCGGAAUCGGUCAGUUAAAGACGGAGACCAGGAAGCUAACUGUCAAGGUCACGUGCGGAUCGAGAAAGAAUGCCGAAACCGGAAAUGCAGUUAAAGAGUUCUCGCUGACAAAUCCCUUGCUGCCCAGCAUGUAUGCGAACUGCCAGUGACAUUGUUUUGUAUUUUUUCAGUACUUCUAUACAUAGUGCACUUAGCCGGCAAAAGUUACACCAUCGAAGACCAGGUGGCGCAUGCCGGCGCUGUGUUGUCUGAACGUUUCUCGUGUUUGCUUUGACAUGUUCUCAAGCGUAGAUUUGGCAGAUUUCAUUUAAUAACCGUUGACACCAAACAUUUGCAGCAUUCUGCGUAGAAAGGUAGUUAAUCCGUAUGACAGUGCUCGAGCUGCUGUCAUUUUUUUGUUGUUCUGGGGUUUUCUGCAACCAACUGAAAUGACCCUGGACCGCUCUAGGGGCUGGAAAAUACGGACAAGGCGAUUCA